AUAUGUAGUGUCGUCCAUCGCCGGGUAGUCUUAGAUUGCAUGUUCAGCUGUUUCCGUGCGCAUAGUACAUACCGAACAUUCGGAAAGGUUUUAGUUAUUGUCAGUUUUCGCUUUUUUACUGUCGUGGUUUUUGUCGUACACAUGCUCCAGUCGAAAUUAAGCAGCCGUUCAAUUUCAUGUUAUUGAAAUACCAGAGUAUUAACAAUAUAACGGGGUUGUCGGCAAGAUAUUAAAUCACCGGUUUUUUUGUCAGUUGCAUAACUUGCAGUGAAUUGUUUAGUCGCCGAAAAUUCGAAAUGCGCACAGAAUACCCAAAUACUGCAUUAGGGAUUACCCUAUUCUAUUUUCUAUGCGUCAGCUUUUCAAUAACAGCGGCGCGUCAGCGAAGUUCCGCAGAAGGAGAUUGCCUAUGGUCACUGGAUCCGUUUCUGGGAGUAUACGAUAUGGACAUGUCAUCCAGAAACAUGAUAGCAGAAUUUUCCGGUGAUAUCUUAGGAGUGCCGUCCGCCGUAGUGGAAGCCGGCGAGCGAAUUGUGUUCAAUAAAACGGACGACGGUGAGAAGUAUCAGCAGUUUGUCAUUCGCAAUGAUUCAGCGUACAAUGUCCAAAUGGUAUUCGUACUGGGGAAGCCGGAUAACGUUCCGCUGCCCAAAGGAUGGUUCCUGCAGUAUAACUACACCAUGCCUACGGAAACCAGUUUACUCGCUACUUUCUCCUUUUUCAUGGGCACCUACACCGCGGAAUUCGAAAUUUCUUUAACGUUUAAACCGAAUGCAAGUGGAUUUCACGAUGAAGUGCGAGUUUUGAAUCCAAAGCAGUUCACGGGGACCGCCGAAUUCUAUCGUGUAGGCGACGAUCAAAAAGAGAUGGAAGCAGCAAAACCAAUAAAGACCGAAUUGUAACCCCUCGAACAAUCGUCAGAGGGCAGAAAAGUGUGGAUACCUCCUUUUGUCAAUCUUCGACUUCGCGCAUGACAGAUUUUUAAUUCUAUCAGUGACUGCAAAACUGACUGUGAAACCCGAAAAAUGGAAUCCCUCCUGUUUAUUUACGCAGCGCCUACGAUACUAAUAGAAAUAUCACAUUUGCCACAUUUUAUUUUCAUUCACAUCUUUCGAAGCUUAAAAGAUCAUAAACUAUAACUAUAAAAAAAAUCCGAAGUCCACAAACUUUACAGGAUAUUACACUCAAUCUAUCACAAUAGGCGA